AUGGGGAUAAUGAGAAGUAUCAAUGAUAGUAACCUGGCAGGUUUCAUCCUCUUGGGCUUUUCUGAAUAUCCUCAGUCAAGGAAGAUUCUGUUUGUCAUCAUCUUGAUCUUGUAUUUACUAACCAUCUUUGGUAACACCACCAUUAUCUUGGUGUCUCGUCUGGAACCCAAACUUCACACACCCAUGUAUUUCUUUCUUUCUCAUCUCUCCUUCCUGGACCUUUGUUUCACCAGCAGUGUUAUUCCUCAGCUCCUCAUAAACUUGUGGUACCCCCAAAAAAUCAUUACCUAUGGUGGUUGUGUGGUUCAACUCUAUGUGUCCCAUGCAUUGGGAUCCACUGAGUGUGUCCUCCUGGCAGUGAUGUCCUAUGAUCGCUAUGUUGCCAUAUGUCGUCCCCUCCAUUACACUAUCAUGAUGCAUCCCAAUCUUUGCAUGAUGCUGGCUUCUAUGGCAUGGCUCAGUGGACUGACCACAACCUUAGUGCAGUCCACUCUCACUCUGCAGUUGCCCUUCUGUGGUCAUCACCAAGUUGACCAUUAUAUCUGUGAGGUCCCUGUGCUCAUCAAGUUGGCCUGUGUGGACACCACUUUCAAUGAGGCUGAGCUUUUUGUGGCUAGUAUCCUCUUCCUUAUAGUGCCUGUCUCAUUCAUCCUGGUUUCCUAUGGCUACAUUGUCCAAACGGUUUUAAGAAUCAAGUCAGCUUCUGGCCGACAGAAAGCAUUUGGAACCUGCUCCUCCCACAUUAUGGUCGUCUUUAUCUUCUAUGGUACCAUCAUCUUCAUAUAUCUGCAGCCAGCCAAGAGCAGAUUCAAGGAUCAAGGAAAAUUUGUUUCCCUCUUCUACACUGUCGUCACCCCCAUGCUUAACCCUCUUAUUUAUACUCUGAGAAAUAAAGAGGUUAAAGGGGCUCUGAAAACAGUUCUAAGGAAGAUUCUGAAAAUGAGUUUUCUAUGA